AUGGGUACAAGUAAGAAGAAGAUGCAGAUGCUAUAGCCAGACAAGAAGAAUGCCAUCAACUGUGCGGAGCAGGCCGACGCCCAUAAGAAGCCGGCUGAGAACCAUUGCAAGCAGCUGGAGGAGGAGCAGCAGGCCUUCCAGAAGAAGCUGAAGGGGACAGAGGAUGAGGUGGGAAAGUAUUCUGAGCCAGUGAAGGAUGCCCAGGAGAAACUGGAGCAGGCCAAGAAGGCUACCAACGUGGAGGUAGAUGUGGCCUCCCUGAACCGCUGCAUUCAGCUGGUAGAGGAGGAGCUGGUCCAGGGAAGCUGGAGGAGGUCAGCAGACGAGAGUGAGAGAGGAAUGAAGGUCACUGAAAACCGAGCCAUGAAGGGUGAGAAGAUGGAGCUUGAGACGAGGGAUGAGGGAUGACAGGAGAUGCAGCUGAAGGAGGCCAAGCACAUCACUAAGGAUUCUGACCGCAAAUAUAAGGAGGUGGCCAGGAAGCUGGGGAUCCUGGAAGGAGAGCUGGAGCGCCAGGAAAAGAGAGCAGAGGUGACUGAGAGCUGCGCCAGGCACCUGGAGGAGGAACUCUGAACCAGGGACCAGGCCCUCAAGUCCCUGAUGGCCUCAAAAGAGGAGUAUUCAACCAAAGAAGAUAAAUAUGAAGAGGAGAUCAAACUGCUGGAGGAGAAACUAAAAGAGGCUGAGACCUGAGCUGAGUCUGCCGAGAGUCUAAGAAAAGAGCGAACCGGUAAGUUCUUUCUUAACAACGUGGAAAGGCGGCCUCCUGCCACCGACACUUAUUUCCGGGCGUCAGAGCCACGGAAACCACACGCCACCACUGGCUCGUACCUGAGGACGCCGACGCCAGCGCCAGCGCCCGCCCCUCCCGAGCGCGGCGUCCUGGAGAGCCGCCCGCGGCGUGCUGCGCACUUCAGUCGGAGUUCCUCUUUCUGUUGUCGCGAUAUCUUUGACGCCGGAAAAACGCAAGACCGAAGGUCCCGUAGAUGGCACGCCUCUCCCAGUACGCGUAAGUUCUCGCGUGAGUUUUACUUCCGCCCUUUUGGCUCCCUGAGCAGCGCCAUGGCGGUCGGCAAGAACAAGCGCCUUACGAAAGGCGGCAAAAAGGGAGCCAAGAAGAAAGUGGUUGAUCCAUUUUCUAAGAAAGAUUGGUAUGAUGUGAAAGCACCAGCUAUGUUCAAUAUAAGAAAUAUUGGAAAAACGUUAGUCACAAGAACUCAAGGAACCAAAAUCGCUUCUGAUGGCCUCAAGGGUCGUGUUUUUGAAGUGAGUCUUGCUGAUCUGCAGAAUGAUGAAGUUGCAUUUAGAAAAUUCAAGCUAAUUACUGAGGAUGUCCAGGGCAAAAACUGCCUGACCAAUUUCCAUGGCAUGGAUCUUACCCGGGACAAAAUGUGCUCCAUGGUCAAAAAAUGGCAGACCAUGAUUGAAGCUCAUGUUGAUGUCAAGACUACCGAUGGUUAUUUGCUUCGUCUAUUUUGCGUUGGUUUUACUAAAAAACGCAAUAAUCAGAUUCGGAAGACCUCUUACGCUCAGCAUCAACAGGUCCGCCAAAUUCGGAAAAAGAUGAUGGAGAUCAUGACCCGAGAGGUUCAGACAAAUGACUUGAAAGAAGUGGUCAAUAAGUUGAUUCCAGACAGCAUUGGAAAAGAUAUAGAAAAAGCUUGUCAGUCUAUUUAUCCACUCCAUGAUGUCUUCGUUAGAAAAGUAAAAAUGCUGAAGAAGCCCAAGUUUGAAUUGGGAAAGCUCAUGGAGCUUCAUGGUGAAGGUAGUAGUUCUGGAAAAGCUACUGGGGAUGAGACCGGUGCUAAAGUGGAACGAGCUGAUGGAUAUGAGCCACCAGUCCAAGAAUCUGUUUAAAAUUCAGACAUUCAAUGGUGACAAAUAAAAAAUUUAUUUGUGAUGUUUAA